AUGACUUAUAAUGAAGUUACAGUGCAAUCAAGAUUACAAUUUCAAAAUGAAAAUGACACUAACAUAUUAUUCGCUUUUAAUGAACGCUUCGUAGUAGACGGAGAUUUACGACAGAUAACCAUUGAUGGUAGCGGGGCAACCGGUGCAACUGACACAACGGGUACGUUCCAGACUACGUUGAUAACCGAUACCACCGGAACAUCCAUAUCGAGUGCUGAACUUACAUUAACAUCCGGCACAUCCAUAUGGAGUGGGUUACCUCCACUUGGAACAAGUGCACGCACCGAUGUGACUGCAACAACCAUAAGCGAUACUGAGUCUGUAUUAAGCACCGAUAGCAUCUUGGGAACCACGAUGGAUACUUCAUUUGCAAUGACAAUCGAUACCGGCACCAACUCGGACACGGCCGAAACCACGACGGAUAUUUCAUAUGCAACAACAAUCGAUACCAAUCCCAGCUCUGGCACGGCGGGAACCGCGACGGAUACUUCAUCUACAAUAACAACCGAUAGCAGCUUCACCUUCAGCUCGGACACGGCCGAAACCACGAUCGAUACUUCACCUACAACAACAAUCGAUGCCAGCCCCAACUCAGGCUCGACCGAAAUCGUGACGGAUGCUUCAUCCUCAAUCCCUAGCAGCGCCAGCUCGGGCAUGGCCGAAAUCACGACCGAUACUUCAUCUACAAUAACUACGAGCUCCGGCUUCAGUGUGAGUUCCGACACCGCCGAAACAGGGACGGAUACUGCAUCUA